AUGUCCCUGGCCGAUGAAUUGCUGGCUGAUCUGGAAGAUGAUAAUGAUGACGAGAUGGAGGAGAUGGAUACGGUCAAGGAGGAACCGAAAGCGGCAGCACCGGAUGAAGAAGAUGGGGAUUCCGGCGGAGAAGAGGACGCCGUCAUAUAUGACCUGAAAGAUGAACCGAUGGAAAUAAAUCUGGCCGUGGCAUCGAUUCGGGAGAUAUGUAAGCUACGCGACUCGGACCGGUUGUCUAAUGUACUGACUCAGAUAGAGAAGUACGCCAAAAAUCCACGCACGACGAAGGAGAUGGUUGGCAACGUGGAAUCGGACCCGGAAUACCAGUUGAUCGUGGAGGCAAACAAUAUUGCCGUCGAUAUUGACAAUGAGAUCUCGACGAUACACAAAUUCGUCAAGGAUAAGUACCAAAAACGCUUCCCGGAGUUAGAUUCGCUCAUCAUGGCGGAAAUGGACUACAUUCGUAGUGUUCGCGAGCUGGGUAACGAUCUAGACCAGGCCAAGAACAACGAGCGUUUGCAGGAAAUUAUAACCCAAGCGACGAUUAUGAUCGUUUCCGUAACCGCUUCCACUACGCAGGGGGUAAAGUUGGAACGACAUGAGCUGGAUCAGAUCAAUGAGGCGUGUGAUAUGGCGGUGGAGUUGAACGAUUUCAAGAGCAAAAUCUUUGAGUACGUCGAAAGUCGCAUGACCUUUAUCGCUCCCAACAUGUCGAUGAUAGUGGGUGCUUCUACGGCUGCGAAGCUGGUCGGAUUGGCUGGUGGAUUGACCAAGCUCUCCAAGAUGCCUGCCUGCAACGUACAGGUGCUGGGUGCACAGAAAAAAACACUUUCGGGAUUUUCCAAAGUGGCAAUGUUACCGCACACGGGCUACGUUUACUAUUGUGAUAUCGUUCAAGACACGCCGCCAGACUUACGGCGCAAAGCGGCACGACUGGUGGCCGCCAAGUGCACGUUGGCGGCGCGUGUGGAUGCAUCACACGAGAGCCAUCUGGGCGAGAUUGGUCAGCGGUUCCGGGAAGAUAUCGAGAAAAAGUUGGACAAGCUACAGGAACCACCACCGGUGAAAUUUAUCAAACCGCUCCCAAAACCUAUCGAGGGAGGCAAAAAGAAGCGUGGCGGAAAGCGGGUGCGCAAGAUGAAGGAACGCUACGCUAUUACCGAGUUCCGCAAGCAGGCAAACCGCAUGAACUUUGGUGAUAUUGAGGAGGAUGCGUAUCAAGAGGAUCUGGGGUACACGCGCGGUACGAUCGGUAAAACGGGCACGGGACGAAUCCGUCUACCACAGAUAGACGAAAAGACCAAAGUGCGCAUUAGCAAAACGUUACAGAAGAAUCUGCAAAAGCAGCAACAGGUGUGGGGUGGCAGCACAACGGUAAAGAAACACAUCUCUGGCACGGCAUCGAGCGUUGCCUUUACGCCGCUACAGGGAUUGGAAAUUGUUAAUCCGCAAGCGGCCGAAAAACCGACCGGCGAAACGGGAGCCAAAUAUUUCUCCAACACGUCCGGUUUCUUGUCCGUUGGCAAGAAAACAACUUAG